GACCGCUGACCUAAUAAUCAAAGCUUCACGUGGUGUUGUUCUUUCCGCUCUUGUCUGUUUCCGUUUCUUCCAGAACCCUUGAACUGUCGAGGAUCAAUGUCCUUAUAAAGAUAAGAAUGACACACAACGAGAAGAGGAUCGGGUGGCUUCAAGAGGGGAUGAUUGGGUUAGGAGUUGGUGUGCUAUAUGGCACAACCAGCGUUGCUGUGGGCCACCCAUUUGACACAAUAAAAACCAAGAUGCAAGCCCAAGCUGGUUUUGAAAAGACUUCAAUGAUCAAGUCCUUUAUAAAGACAGUAAAAACACAGGGAAUUAGAGGAUUGUAUAGGGGCUGCGUACCUCCUUUAUGGGGUUCCGGUAUUUACCGCUCAACACAGUUUGCAGUAUUUGAGGCAGCGUACACAUUUCUAAGUCAUCACAGAACAUGUACAAAAGAAAUUCCUUUUACAGGGGGUUUACAACUCCGAGUAGUACUGGCAGGAAUGUUAGGGUCGACUUCAAGGGCAAUUAUUGAGACUCCUUUAGAAUUAGCAAAGGUGCGGCGCCAGACAGGGCAAUCUUGGCAGUUCAGAGGGCUCUAUAAGGGAUUUGGUGUUACCUGGUGUAGGACUAUGGGAUUAAUGACAACAUAUUUUAUACUGGUCGAUACUGGAAGGAGGCACUUCCCUGAGCAAUUCAAGAGACCACUUCUCGGACCAUUCCUCACUUCAGGGAUAGCAGCAACUCUUGCCUGGUGGAUUGUGUGGCCUUUGGAAUACAUGAAGUCUCAAGUGCAGGGAAACUAUGGAAAAGAGAUGCCAGUUGUUGCCCGGAUGCGCCUGGUGUUUAGGGAGAAAGGAGGUUUCUUUGCGCUCUACCGGGGAAUCCUUCCUGGUUCUAUCAGAAGUUUCAUGUCCAAUGGUUGCAGUAUGGUGGUCAUGAGCUGGGCACAAAGAAAAGUCUCAGAUUGGGGACUACGAAGCAAAAUGGGUUGAGCUAGGAUGAAGUUGGGGCUAGGAUUAUAUUCCCAGGACCUGGGAUGUUAUGCCAGAAGUCACAUCUUGUGUUCUACCAACAUGUUAAUAAUGAAUUGUAUUAUUGAGGCUCUGAUGUCCUCCUUUGAGGAAAUUACAGAGUAUUAUUAUAUGAAUUUGAAAUAGUGUACAGAGCCAAUAACAUUAGCAAUUUUUAUUUUUAGAAUAUCAUAGGAAGCUUAGGAUUAUAUUUUAAUUGUUUAUCUUAAUUAUUGCACCAUCUGCCUUUCAAGCACUUUUAGAAUAGAAAAACUUAUACAAAAUGUGUCACCAAAAUAAGUCACCAGUGUACCAUUACAAUUUUACAAUUAUUUAUUGUCUUUAGUUAAAAAUUGUAUAUACAGUUACCAUAGUUAGAAAAUGUUUAGUAUUUUUACAUAGGUACUAUCACCAAAGGAUCUUGAAAAAUUAAGAAGAUUAAAAAAUCUGAGGAAAAACUGGGUGACCCCCACCAACCUCCUAUCCAAUUUCUUUUUGGAAUGACCAUCCAUAUAUUGUACAUACAGCUACUGUCGUUAGAAAUUGUAUUUUUUUUUUCUUUUAUUCCGAUUUGGCCAAAUUCCGAAGUUUUCUCAGAUUUUUGGAAUUAUUUUAUAACUUUACAAGAUCCCUUAAAAUACUAUUGAAUUUUAAUAGCAUAUUAAAAACUAUGUAUUUGUUGUACACUCAGCAUAUUCAAGUCGAAAAAUUCAAUGAAAAGUUACAAUUACAAUUUUGUUUGCUUUAAAAAGUGUUGUCUAGAAAAUAAAUGUAUUUAUUUAUCUUUAAA